AUGAAAAGUACACUGUUAACAGGAGUGCGUCGGUACAGUAGCUUUAGAUUGCAAGGACCGAGAAUGAUAUGUAUGCCAAAAAAUACAGAAGGAAAGCAGACUCAAGUAAAUAAUAGUGAUGUAAAUGAAGAAUUGGAGGGUAUGUUGAGGAGAAGAUUGCAGGUAGCAUACACGAAUAGUUUAAAAGAGAAAAAUAGUUUUCUGCUUUUACAAUAUAAUGGGCCAGAGGAUAAAAGAAAGUAUGACACUAUGAAAGCGGUGCGAGAACUAAAGAAAGAUUAUCGUGAAAGCAAGUUUUUCCCGCCACUAACAUUCCAGGAAAAUGAGUUUAAUUCGUGCUUUCAGAAACCAGUAAUUCAAGGACAACCAGACUCAGAGCAUUUUGCAUGUCUUCUAGAUAUAAAAAAUGCUAAUGGGUUGGAUACUCUUCUCCGGAGGGUCACCGAUGUGAACUGCUUUGCCAAAGUUAUCGGUGUGAAGAUCAAUAAUAAAAGGGGUCUCAUAUCACUACAGAUGCUCAAACCAUUUUUAGAUGAACUCUCUACGAAAUAUACUAGCUAUGAUUACGAGAGUCUAUUGAAGAUCGCGAAGAUCGAGCAGCUACCCAGAAACGUGCAUAUGUACAAGCUACUCAGCAUAUUUGGCAAAUACGGAACGGUUCAUCCAACUAUUAUAGAAGACCAAAGUACAGCGGAAUCACGCUGGCUUAUCCUCUCUAAAUGA